AGCUCGAGAGCGGGCUGUACCUGCUGAGCCCCACGCCCUGGGCAGGUUCCCAGAGGGGACAGCGCAGCUCAGCUGGGCAGUAGUUUCCCAGCUCGCAGGUACGGGCUGAAAGCGUUGGGCGGUUGUUGUCUGGAGCUUCAGGGGAUUCACGCUGCCGGAGCUUGGCUUGGGCCAGGACUGACAGCAGGCUUUUCCCCGGAACCGAUGGAUGCUGAUCCCGCUUCGAGCGGCGUGGCGUGUCUGGGUUAUGCCUGCCGUAACAUCUCCACCUCCACCACUCUUCAGACUAGAACCCAUGUUAGCUGUGAUAUCAAAGGAGAUGUUGCCGUUGUACGCUUCAACACGCCAAAUUCCAAGGUGAACACCCUGUCCAAGCAACUGAGCUCAGAGUUUACUGACAUCAUGAAUGAGAUCUGGGCCAAUGAAGCUGUCAAAAGCGCCGUCCUCAUCUCUUCAAAGCCAGGCUCUUUCAUUGCUGGAGCAGAUCUCGACAUGAUUGAAGCCUGCAAGACUUCACAGGAAGUGUCUCAGCUCUCUCAGGAAGGACAGAAGAUGCUUGAAAAAAUUGAGCAGUCUCCAAAGCCCAUAGUCGCUGCCAUCAGUGGGUCCUGCCUGGGAGGAGGACUGGAGCUUGCCAUUGCCUGCCACUACAGAAUAGCAACAAAGGAGAAGAAAACAGUCUUGGCAACACCUGAAGUGCUACUGGGUCUCCUGCCAGGGGCGGGGGGUACUCAGAGGCUACCCAAGAUGGUGGGACUUCCUGCUGCCUUUGAUGUAAUGCUGACCGGGAGGAACAUCCGUGCUGACAGAGCGAAGAAAAUGGGUCUGGUUGACCAGCUGGUGGAUCCACUAGGGCCAGGUGUGAAGAGUCCAGAAGCACGGACAAUUGAGUACUUGGAGGAGGUGGCCAUUAACUUUGCCAGGGGACUAGCCAACAAGACUGUGUCUGCCAAAAGAUCGAAAGGGCUAAUGCAGAAGCUGACAGACUACGCUAUGGCUGUUCCGUUUGUGAGGCAGCAAGUCUACAAGACGGUGGAGAACAAAGUUCAGAAGCAAACCAAAGGUCUCUACCCUGCUCCGCUAAAGAUCAUUGAGACUGUAAAGGCUGGUCUUGAUCAGGGGCGUGACGCUGGAUACCUCGCUGAAUCUCAGAACUUCGGCCAGCUCGCAGUGACGAAGGAGUCCAAGGCGCUGCUUGGACUUUACCGCGGGCAGGUGUACUGCAAGAAGAACAAGUUUGGAACACCGCAGCGAGAGGUCAAGACUCUGGCCGUGCUGGGAGCGGGGCUCAUGGGAGCUGGGAUCGCCCAGGUUUCCGUGGACAAGGGACUCAAGACCAUUCUGAAGGACACGGCGCAGCAAGGCUUGGACAGAGGCCAGCAGCAGGUCUUCAAGGGGCUGAACAGCAAGGUGAAGAAGAAGAGUCUGACGUCGUUUGAGAGGGACUCCAUUCUCAGCAACCUCACGGGCCAGCUGGACUACAAGGGCUUUGAGAAGGCAGACAUGGUGAUCGAGGCUGUGUUCGAGGACAUUAACAUCAAGCACAGAGUGCUGAAGGAAGUGGAAGCUGUGAUCCCUGCUCACUGUGUCUUCGCCAGUAACACAUCUGCCCUCCCCAUCAGCCAGAUCGCUGCCGUUAGCAAGAGGCCAGAGAAGGUGAUCGGGAUGCACUACUUCUCCCCUGUUGACAGAAUGCAGCUGCUGGAAAUCAUCACCACAGACAAAACAUCCCAGGACACGGCUGCUUCCGCUGUCGCUGUUGGCCUCAAACAGGGCAAGGUUGUCAUCGUGGUAAAGGUGAGGGAACGCAGCACAAAACCAGGCUGGGAUUAUACACAAAAGGGAAUCAUUCUCCCUGGCCUGGCUCUGCCCACAUUCUGUGCCGGCUUCACGUGCUCCUCCAUCCUGCGCAGCCCUUACAGACUCUUUCCUUGCAGCUGCACUGAGGAGGACAUCCAGAUGCGCUUGGUGACCAGGUUUGUGAACGAGGCAGCCAUGUGCCUGCAGGAGGGGAUCCUCAGCAGCCCCGUGGAGGGAGAUAUCGGUGCUGUGUUCGGCUUGGGCUUCCCGCCGUGCCUGGGAGGUCCCUUCAGGUACGUGGACUCAUACGGAGCCAAGCAGCUGGUGGACAAGCUGCGGAAGUACGAGGCCGUCUACGGCAGCCAGUUCACCCCCUGCCAGCUGCUGCUGGACUACGCCAACAACCCCAGCAAGAAAUUCCACCAGUGACCGUGGCCCAGUGCCCCCCACGACACGCUGACAGCUCGAGCCGGGGCCGCCAGCUCUCCUGCUCUCUAGGUUAACCUGCAAAGCGCCCACGGGGGAAGGCAGGGAGGGGAAGGAGGGUGGCAGCAGAUUGCCUCAUGGCUUGUAGUCAUUUCAAGUGCCUUACCAGCUCCUGGGCCUUGGGCACGCCCGUCCUGUGCCAGCGUGGGCCUGGUGGCUCCUCGCUGGAAGAGAGAAUUUCUUCUGUGUUCAUGCUGCGACCUCCAGAGCUCCCGCCCUGGCAGGCAGCGUCCAGCACGCAGCUGGCCCUCGACCUCCAACCAAAAAAAAAUAAAAAAAAAAAAUAAAUCCCCCUUUCCUGGGUUUGGACUUGGCGCCUGCUUCUCCUGCCCUCCCUGCAGCGGCAGGGAGUUAAAGAGGUCAGACAAUCCUCUGGGCUUUCAUGCAGCCCGAGACACCCCCCCGUCCCCCCCCUCCCCGAGGGGCUGCUGGCAGUUGCUGGAGCCUGGGGAGAGGCAGGAGCUGGCGGCGCAAAACCCGGCUCUGUCCCCUCCGCCAUCCAUCAGGGGCUGCGAGGAGCCUCCGGCGCUUUUUGUCUGGCCCCGAGCGCUGCUCCUGGCAGAUGGACCCGCCUGUAAUUGCACAUGGAGCAGCCAAAGGCCAGAAGGGUCCCCCGUGGGGAGAGCUCGCCUUAAACUAAAAGGCUUUAAAUCUCUGGGCACCUGUCAGGGAUUUCAGAGCUGGCCCGGCCCCCACCUCCCCCCUUGUCUCCCCGGUGUCUCCCCAGGCUCCAGCCUCCUUCCUGCACCCCGCCAGGGCUUGGCCUGGCACUUGGGCCCUGCUGCUCCUUCCCUGUCACGUCUGUGCUCGUUUCUCAAGGCUACCACGACAAAAUUGGGG